UGAUUUUUGUUUUAUUUUUCUCAAUUGGUUGGAAUAUUUUUGCAAUUGAAAUUUUUGGUUAGCCAUCACCUGUUGUUACAAAAUGAACUCGGCAGAAAUUACGCUAUUUUCUGGAAGGCGAACUAUUUAAAAUACCAAAUGUCAUCUAAACUAACUUCUCUUCUCCCACGAGAUAAAGUUUUAGGACGAAAUCUUGUAACUUUUGAUAAAUACGACGAAAGCUCGGAUAGUCUCAGUUUAAAAUCAUGUCCAGCAUUCCGGCCAUCGUGGGCAACAAAGAAAACGAGAUCAAGUUACGAACGAAAAUCGAGAUGGGCGUCCAGCUCCAGCCUCUCGGACAUUCGAGAAGGGCAAACCCUGGUAUCAGCACUGAAAACUCAAAAAGAGCCUCCGGAUAAAGCUUUGGGAGAAGAUAUUAAAUCUUUGAUUGAAAAUGAGUGGAAAAGACGAAUAAAAGAUAAGCCGCUUGAUUUCGCUGCACUGCAAACUCUGGCAAGAAAACAAAGAGAUAAAGAGUUAAACUUUCAGAGCAAGCGCAGCAAAACAUCAUGCAAAGCAGAAUCUGACACAACUCUUCACACACAUUCUAGUGGCAUGUCUAAGAAUGAAAGAUCAAUAUCUGGACUACCCAAAGCGUUGCAUUCAAGUGAUGUCUAUGGUGCUGGAAGCCAAGGCGUAACUAAAAUGCGAUCGACUGGGGACUCUGCUUCCUUCUCCUCCAAGUCCUGCACUGUUUUUAGUGAGAAGGAAAACGAGAAGUCACACCGCCACAGUUCUCCUAAAAGAUCUGCAAGAAGUAUUGAUAACGACAUCUCAGAGUUUGCACACACAACGGAGACUCCAGCUUUAGGUGUGCAAGAAUUGAAAAGGAGAUUUUCUGUUCGUGCGAAGAACCUGAAAUCUUUCGAAGAGAGUGCUAAGAAGGGUGAUUCAAAAUUGACUCAAACAAGUUUCACCGACGCUCGAAUGCCUGACCUUCAUCUAGCUCCAGCGUCAUCUCCAGAAUUGCAAAGAGAAAAUGAUAUUGGUCUGACGGAAACGUAUCAACGAAGCUGGAACACGAGAGUGACUGCAAUAGAGAUCACUGAGGUGGCUGGAGUUCUGCCCCAGGAAAAACAUGCAGGGGCCACCGAAAUACCUAGAGAGGCGAAAAUAGCAUCCAGCGACUCCGUUGUUGCUAAUUCAGCAAGCGUCUCUCGUGACGAGCUGAGCGCCAAGCUUACAGCCUACUUUCAACAUCAUCAGCGAUGUCCAAGCAUGACAGAGGCUAUCUCAGAACAUAUCAUCCCUCCGCCGCCUGAGUUUGAUUACGAAUUUCCGUUCAUGCAUCAGCCUGCCUUGGACGAGAGGCAAAAUGAGGAGCCAAGGGACGGCCAUCCUCCAGCUAAGUGGCAGCAGCAGCAGACACGUGCCGAAGACCUGGAUCCAGAUAGCACCAAACACAAACAAGGCCGCCCGGUAUCUGCGAAGAAGCCCUCUCAAGGGACCCGGAGUCGCUGCACCCAGACCCCUGCCAGCCGGAGGCCAGGCCGCCGCCGCUCGCGCCGGGUCACCUACUCACCGUCGGAGGCCAGCGGACCAUCGGACCGGUCCGAGGACCAGUGGUCCACCCACAGUGACCGCCCUCGGCGGCGGCCGCGCAGGGGCAGCGGGCGGCGCCCGGCGGCGCGGGACCCGCCGGCCAGGAGCGGCGGUUCCAGGCCGGUGAGCGGCCGGUCCUCCCAGGCCGCCGGCUCACGACCCGUCAGUGGGAGGUCACAGAGGGCAGCCGACCGACCCACCCUCCUGGAGGAGGUGCACCGCAAGGCCAGGGACCACAAGAAGGUCACCGCAGUGAAGAGAAGGCGGUCGAAGCGGAAAGUGUUUCAGGUGCCGAAGAAUAUGCCUGAGGCCAUUUCACGUUUCCUGGAACAGCUGAGCAAAGACAAAGAAGCAAUCAAAGUCAUCCAUAAAAUGUCACUGGUUAGCAAUAAAAAGUGACCAACAGUGACGUGUCUACGUAGUCUGGCCUCUCCUCCCCCCCCCCUGUCGGUCGAACGACGAUAUUUGUAAUGGUGAUUUUUUUUUGUCCCUGCUCCAUACAUUUGUGACAUGCUGUUUUGCACAUCAACUUUUGCAAAUAUGGUAACAGAAUAUAUCCUUUUUACAUUC